CCAUAAAAAGUUUAUUCAUACACUGAUAAUGUUAUGUGUCACAGGUAUUGCCUUAAUGGUUGUAAGUCGAAUGUACAUCUAAACUUUGACUGUAAACACUGUGUUAAGUGCCAAUAUUGUGAUUCUAUUAUGUUUAAAACAGUUUCUAAACUAAAUAUGACUAUCUUAGGGCCGAGGCAGAGGCAGAGGUCGAGGUGGCAUGCGAGGUAGAGGCCCACCCAAGAGGGUUGCAUUUAGAGAUAUGCCACCAGAGGAUGAAAUUGAACAAGCUGAGCCAGCAGAGGAAGGCGAGCCUUCUAAGGCAGCCAAAAAACUGAAGUCUGUCAUGAAACUCAGUAAACUGCUGGCAGCCAGCAAGGGAGAACCAUCUGACGCCGGACCUUCUUCUCCAUGGAAGAAAGCCAAAAUGUUGAAGAUGUUUGGCAAGGGGAAGAAAGACGAUGACUAUGCCAGACUGAUGUCUGCUCGCCGCAUUGACAGCCAAGAGAGUCUGACUGAUGGACCGCCAUUUACGGGACCAAUUGACACCAAGUCUGAAGUCCGCAGCAAGCUUGGCAAAGUUCUGAUGAAAAUAAACCUGGGCAACAAGUUGUCGGGCCGGAGGAGGUCACAGAGUGAUAUAAGUCAUGUGUCAGGCAGCGAGAGAGAUGAGGAGGCCUCACAAGUAGCCAGUGAGGGGGAGAAGUCUAAAGUGUCUAUUAGUAUCACUGAAAGUGAGCCAGAAGCAGGUGCAAGUGAAAGAGGAUCUGAAGAGGAAGCCUCAGAGAAAAGCAGUGUGGACAGAGAUCAUUUGAAAGUAGAUUUAGAUCGGGAUGAUGCCAAUGAAAGCACAGUGGACUCAGAGGAAGAGCAGGAGGAAGAGCCUGGGGAGUCUGGGGAGGAAGGUGAGGAGGAAGAAAAAGGAGAAGAAGAAUCUGGAACAGAAAAGGAGUCAGGGUCUGAGAAGUCAUCGGCCUCCGAGAAGGAAUCAGAAUCAGAGAAGGAGUCAGAGUCAGAGAAGGAGUCGGAAUCAGAGAAGGAGUCGGAGUCAGAGAAGGAGUCAGAGUCAGAGAAGGAGUCAGGAUCCGAGAGAGACUCAGAAUCAGGAACAGGUACUGCAACAGAGAAGGAAAGCAGCACCGAAAAAGAGUCAGGGACAGAGAAAGAUUCUGAUGAAGAGUCAGAAGAGGAGGAGGGGUCUUCAGAGGGCACAAAAGAAAGCGGAUCCUCUGCUCGCUCCUCCGUAAGAUCAUCUGCCACUGAAGCCAGCAAGGGGAGCAGUGCUUCAGAAGAAAGUGGAAGUGGGAGUGGGAGUGGAAGUGGGAGUGGGAGUGGGAGUGGAAGUGGGAGUGGAAGUGGAAGUGCUAGUAGUGCUGCAUCUUUAUCUGGUUCAAGUGUGAGGUCAUCACAGAAAAGCAAAUCAUCAGAGAGCGCAGGGAGUUCAGAGAAGUCCAGCGAAGAACUCAGUGAGACUGAAUCAGGGACAGGGACGGCAAGUGAGACCGAGUCAGGGUCAGGAAGUGAAGGCUCCUCGUCUCGCAGGUCCAGUCAGAAAACAUCUGAGUCAGGCAAGAGUUCAGGUGGCAGCAAAGAAAGUUCUGCAGGUUCCCAGUCCGCCAGCGGCAGCCAGAGUUCUGGGAAGUCAGAGGGAACAGUCACAGAAGAGAGCGAAGAGGAGGAUGAGGAUGAAUCUGAGAGUGCUGAGGAGAGCAAAGAGUCAUCGAGUGAGCAGAGUGAUGAAUCGUCAAAGUCCAGGGCUCCCGCUGCAAAACCUGGGCCUUCUGCUCCCUACAAAGCUCCCUCUUACCCCACAGAGAUCAGAAGCAGCACCGUUACAGACGAGUCCUACGAAGGCCUGUCACCCAUCACUGAAGUGGACGAGGAUGCCAUUUCAUCCAGCGGAUCAGGAAGCAGCAGUGCAUCAAAAGACACAGAUUCAGACUCUGAAGGAAACUCUACUGCCUUCUAGAGAGAGAUAGAUUGUCUGCUAUGAAGUAAGAGUGAAUAAAAUUACCCUUGCAUGGGAGUGAAGAGAACAUUGCUUGCCUCUACAGUGUGUUUCAGAUAUCCACUUUUUUUCAUUUCCCCUUAGCAAGCAAAAACUUUGCUGGUUCCCUGCUGCAAAAUGUCAUAGUUCCGCUGUCUUUUGCAGAUCUUUAACUUAUUUCUACCUUUACCGUGUUCUUUGGGUGCCUUUUCUUGACUUUUUAGGUAUCAAUAUUCUCUUGUUUCUUGUGUGAGACUUUGCAUGUUGCUGUCCAGUCUCGUGGAGUGUUUAACAUCAGUUUUGUCGCUUUAAGCUUCAAGUUACACAAAAAAAUAAGUAAUCACAAGCUUUUGUUGUCUAGUUUUACAGGUUAAAUUAUGUUUGUCAGGGAGGCAACGAAUACGAAGCAAACGAAGCAAUUUCCAAACAUACAAAG